AUCGGAGUUACUGGUUAUCAUUGCGAUUGUUUAAAUGGUCAAUCUGAGGCCGUAGCUGAGAAAGUGCAGAAUAGGAAAAGAAAGAUUUUUUGAGUUGGCUGCUGCGACAUUUCGGUAUCUGCGAUUAACAUUUCAGACGGGAGUACGCGCCAUGACUCUGUCCCUUGAGACCAUACAUCUUCCUCAUCUGCCUUCAGCUCUGCCCAUUCAUAUAGCUCUAUAUCGUGAUGUGAAAAACUCGCCAUUUCUCCGGCAGCAGCUGUUGUCAGGCAAUGCUGAUUUCGAGUAUGCAUUUAUUGACGCAAGCAUGGUCUUUUCAAGGACCCAUAUCCUUUCUGCUAUCUUCAGAGCGGUUAAUGAUUAUCUCAAUGGGCGUCUCAAGUCGCGCAACGUCCAUUCGGAAAUCGUCUUCUCCUUGAGCCCCGCCAACAAUAUUGCAGACUCUUUCCGCAAAUUCGGCAUUACAGACUCGACGACAGACCUGUUGGUGGUGAAAGUUUCCGUUACGGCAGAUGUUACUCAUGACUCAGUAGCGGCGCAUCUGCAGCAGUCCAUCGAGGGUUCUCCUAUGCCAUUCGCUGAUGAGACAUUGUCUGAAAUCUCCGAUGUUUCGAAGAUUAAGAAAGCCUACAAAUUGGGCGCUUUAGGCGCUCAGGACGAUGAGAAGCGACGAUUGGAACUUUCGCUCAUAGGUGCAAUUGCACUGCGUGGGGCAACGUGAUCCAAAGCCUACCGUCUCAACGACUAUGACCUCCCUUCGGGGAUCUUCAUGCGAUGCUCUAUCUUACAAGAGCAAAAUUACAUGCCACUUGGAUAGACCUGCGUGAACGCACUAUGACCGUGUCCGAAGCUGUUCAGGAUCAUUCCCCUUUCACAGCCCCCCUAAGCAGUGGGGUGACAAUCUCAGUGCGGCGUCCCUGGUUACCUGUCGCCGGAUAUGGCCUUAUGAUGAAUUCGUAUUGCACACUACCCAAGACAGAGUGUCUGGGUGCUGGCGUCGAUUUGCGCGCAACUGAUGUGGGAACCUGAGGAGUCCGUCAAUGCUCACUAAUGUUGCGAUGGACUACAAUAUAUCUUAUUCUCGAAACUGAAACAAACUUCUUACUAUAUCUCAAUCAUAUUGUUAUACG